GAACCACAAAAAGAGUAGAAAUGUGUGAGAUACUGAUAUGGGAGUGGGAGGCAGGGACAGAGGCCGAGGCUGUUUCCAUCCAUUCCGCUCUCAUCCGUAGUUUCAUAUAAUGCGCAUUCUCACGUUGCCGUGCCUCUCCUCUUCUAUUCACAGUCACACCAACCCCAACCCCAACAACCACCACUUUCCCUUCUCUCCACCUUCUUCUUCUUCUUUCAUCUUCAAACCCCACAAACGAUUUCACUUGCUCACACCAUGCUCUUCCCUCAGACAGACCAAAAAGCAACAGCAACAGCAACUAGGGAAGAUCAAGAUCAACACUGCCCCACCUGGCAUAAAGCGCCUAUUUAGCCCAAAGAAUGAUGGCGAUAAGAAUGAAGGAGAAACCGAGUCGGAGGGUGACAGUGACACUGCCUUGAAGGGUACCCUUUUGGCCGGUGUACUCUUGCUCGGUAUUGUUGGGGGUUUUGCCUCCGUUGGUUAUAUAUACAAGGACAACAUCAAUUCCUUCCUCAACCACUUCUCACUCUUCAUAGAAGGUUAUGGUCCAGCUGGAUAUGCAUUAUUUGUAGCAGUUUAUGCUGGAUUGGAGAUCCUUGCAAUUCCUGCCAUUCCUUUAACCUUGUCAGCUGGACUUCUUUUUGGAUCUUUUAUUGGCACUAUCAUAGUCUCUAUCAGCGGAACGGUGGCAGCAAGUGUUGCUUUUCUAAUUGCAAGAUAUUUUGCUCGUGAGCGUAUUCUAAAACUGGUGGAAGGAAACAAGAAGUUUCUUGCUAUUGACAAAGCAAUUGGAGAAAAUGGCUUCAGGGUUGUUACCCUGCUUCGUCUGAGCCCUUUGCUGCCAUUUUCUUUGGGGAAUUAUUUAUAUGGAUUGACAUCUGUUAAGUUUAUUCCAUAUGUAUUGGGAAGUUGGUUGGGGAUGCUUCCAGGAACAUGGGCUUAUGUUAGUGCUGGCGCUUUUGGAAGAGCAAUAAUUAAAGAAGAAUCUGAACUUAAUGCAUUAGGAGGAAACAGUCAGCUGCUGACGCUUGGGCUGGGACUGUUGGUCACUGCAUUUGCUGCUGCAUAUGUCACCCGACUUGCAAAGGAUGCUAUAAAGGACAUCGAAUAGAUUCACUAGACAGUUGACACGAUCGAGCAUUUGCGAAUGAAGACAAGUCCAUACCACUGGAUUGGGAAACUGGAUAUCUCAGUAAAUAAAUAGCAAUAGUGAAAAAUGAAAGAGAACUAAGGAAAAUGAUAGACCUAGCAUGUUCCUUGUAAAUUACAAUAUUCUUAUUGAUGAACUGUGGUAGGAUCAUUUUGUUACUUUUGUAUUGCCCCCUCACAUUGUACGAAAAAAUUGCCUGCGUCAUUUGUAAAGUUAUGGCGCACUAGUUGCUAAACAGACAGUGAAGGGCAGUUCACAUUUUUAUUUAACUUUACCUGAACUGUUUAUUUUGUA